UUUUUUUUUUUGCGGUUGUUUUCCCUUCUGUUCAAGUACCUACACUGAGUGAGCUAAUAAAGAUGGAUAAGAAAUCAUUUGAAACCGUGCUGGAUGAAAUUAGAAAGGCUGUAUUGACUGAAUACAAAUUAAAAGCUAUUGAAUAUGUUCAUGGAUACUUCUCCAGUGAACAGGUUGUUGAGUUACUGAGAUACUUCUCCUGGGCUGAACCACAGCUCAAGGCAAUAAAGGCUUUGCAACAUAAAAUAGUGGCAGUCCCAGCAUCAAAAAUGGUUAAUAUUCUCAACUGUUUCACAUUCAGUAAAGAUAAACUCAUCGCCCUUGAAAUCUUGGCUUCCAACAUUGUUGAUGCUCAGAAUUACCGCCUCAUUGAAGAUCUGUUCAGAAUUAAUAUGUCAGAGAAGAAAAGGUGCAGAAGAAUUCUUGAGCAGGCUUCAAAAACGGGUUGUAAGGCACCUCAUGCAAUGAUAUCAUCCUGUGGCAUGAUUCCUGGCAAUCCUUAUCCCAAGGGCAAACCAAGCCGUAUAAACGGAAUUUUUCCAGGAACCCCCAUCAAAAAGGAUACAGAAGAAUGUACUAGUGAAGGUAAAGGAAUAGCAGCCCGUAUACUUGGCCCAUCCAAACCAGCUCCAUCAACCUACAAUCCACACAAGCCUGUUCCAUACCCCAUCCCACCAUGUCGGCCACAUGCAACUAUUGCACCAAGUGCUUACAACAAUGCUGGCUUAGUUCCAAUGGCUAAUGUCAUAGCUCCAGGCUUACCAGCUCCUUCAACAUACACUGCUAAUCAAGGGGUAUCAGAAAAUGAAGACCUUUCCAACCAGGCAAAGCCUUCCCAAAAUCAAGCUUUUUCUGCACAAACGAAUCAGCUCUUUACUCCUCAUGGUUCUAAUCCUUCAACACCUGCUGCUACUCCAGUCCCUACCCCAUCACCUGUCAAGGCAAUAAGCCAUCCAUUAGCACCUGCAACUCCGCUCAUCUCUGGGAUGAACAUGUCUACCCCUGUCCUUCCCGUUUUCCCGGGACAGGUCUCCUCCUCCACCCAUACAUCUCAGCCAUCUACCCCAACCCCUACGGUCAUCAAAUCCCUUUCAUUACCUGGUGUUCCUGUCACAUCUGUACACAGUGCAACCUCUACUCCCAUCCCUGCAGUUUUCUCUGGGCUGGCUUCUAUACCCUCUGCUAUGCCAGCUCCACAAGGCUCUUCCACACCGUGUGCUACACCUGCACCUAGUGAAGCUUUUGCAUCUGCUACUACACCAUUUGCUGGUCUCCCUUUUUCUGCAGCCUCUUCAGUUGCUUCAGCUAGUAAUCCCACUCCAUUGUCAUCAGUUUUUGCUGGGCUCCCUCUGUCCUUGCCACCCAGUGUCCAAGGAAUUUCUAGUCCUGUUCCCUCAACAAUUGCUAAUUCUCCUGCCACCACCAUUCCAGGUUCACUUAGCUUGCCUAACCCUAUUUUGUCUGUCUUAAAGGGAUUUCUGACAUCAAAUGACACUUCAUUAAUCAAUUCAUCUGCUUUACCUUCUGCUAUGACAAGUGAACUUGCUUCUUUAUCUGCUCUUGCUAAUCAAAGCUCUGACCCUCCCACUUCCUCUGUCAAAUGCUAUACUCCAUCAGCCACCCCCACCUCACAGCGUUCCUCCACACCCGGGCUAGCCAUUUUUCCAGGUCUUCCAUCCCCAUCUGUGACCAACUCUAGUUCCACUCCUCCAACAUUGCCUGCACAGUCACCUUUAACCACUUCACCGUCAGUUAUGCCAGUCAACUGUGGCUCAUCAGCCUCCCUCUUGCAUGGCACAAGCCCUACUAAUCCUGACCAGCAACUCUCAUCAACCCCAGUUGCUACAAGUAUCCCACAAGUUCUGAUCAAAACAGAACCCAUGAGUCCUACCCUCUCAGCCUUCAAAGGUCCAUCUCACUCAGCUGGCCCUUCUCAUGGCACUGUAGGGCUCUCAGCGCUUGGGCGUGCAUACACCUCAGCAACGUCAGUGCCAGUCAGUUUACCCAGCUCCCUAAAUCCAGCACUCUCAAGUCUCUCCUCUUUGAGCGCUCCUUUAAACAACCCCAGUUCUCUGGCUUCCAUUUCCCUCGCCCCACAUGGCUCCACCGCUCCCAUUGCCCCUGUAUUUAAUGGACUUCCUCCUUUCACAUCUCUAACCAGUAACUUUGCUUUUACUGGUAAUCCAGCACUCACGCCACCUGUCACUCUCCCAGGGUCUUUGUUAGCUACUCCGGCUACUACUGCUUCAGCUGUGUCUGCCCCUCAUGUGAAUUCCACAGCCGCCGUACUCUCAGGACUUGCCGCCUCAGCAACAGUCUCUGCUCCACCCUUUUCGCUUAACUUGUCCAGUGCCGUCCCUUCCCUUUUUUCUGUUGCCCAGGGACCUCUGGGAUCAUCAAACCCAUCCUUCCCUGGUUUUCCUGUCUCUAACACACCCUCUGUCACUCCUGCUCUCCCUUCUUUCCCUGGCCUCCAGGCAUCCUCUGCAGUAGCAGCAGUUGCACCGUUGCCGGCAGCUGCCACAGCCCCAUCUCCGGCUCCGGUCCUGCCAGGGUUUGCCUCGGCCUUUAGCUCAAACUUCAACUCUGCACUUGUUGCACAGGCUGGCUUGACUUCUGGACUGCAGACACCAGGAAAUGCAGUUUUUCCUGGUCUUUUAUCUCUCCCUGGUAUCCCUGGCUUUCCCCAAAGUGCCGCACAGUCUUCCUUACAGGAAUUGCAGCACAGUGCGGCUGCACAGUCAGCAUUGCUACAGGCACAUUCUGCUUCUGCUCUGGAGAACUAUACAGCUCAGCCUGAAGGUUUUGCUAACUAUCCAUCAACACCAGGAACACCAUUUUCAUUGCAGACAAGUCUGCCCCAGAGUGGAUGGCAAUAAAUACCAGACAUUUUUAAAGACUUCAGUGGUUGCUUGACAGAGCCUGGUCCUAUUCACUUUGAAGGCUGACUCCACUUUAGUGAGAGCGCUCUGCUUGAGUGGGAGCAUGGUCUGAACUGGGGAAGGAGGGGGAUCUGUGAGGAUAAAAUGAUUCCAGGCAAUUGUAUCAGACAUCAAACUUAAUUUGUGAUUGCGUUUUAUCGAUUCAGGGUCUGUUCCUGCAAAUUGCUGAGCAUCCCUGACUCUCUUUUUGUUUAUAAAUCGGAAUGUUUAAUUUCUUACAGGAUCAGGAGCAUUCAAACAGAUAUUUGUGUAAAUAGAGCAAUUGGCUUACAAAUCAAAUGGGGAGAAAAGUAUAUUUAAUUGUGUGUAUAAGCACCUAUUCUUCUGUUACGUUUUGUAUGGUAUAUGUGGUUACUAUAGAAUAAGACCUAGAAUGAAAUUAGAUAAUUAAAGCUGUAGACGGUCUUGAGAUGCACACCUCUGUGUGUGCAUAGAUCAAGAUCCAUUUAUGGUUCUUCAGACCUUCUAUCAGUAUGUCUGAGGAUCUCCUGUUAGCAUCAAUAUUAUGGUAAGGAGAGACUAGAUCAGGAGGGCUUGGGAGUAUUUCUACACUUUGAAUUAUUGUCAUGGGCUUGCUGCUGAAUUGUCCACUGUCAAAAUCAGGAGAGAACUAGGAAGUGAUACUGUAUUUGGAUAGGAGUGGAUUAUGUCUUAUCGGAGUAUGUUCUCGCUAGCUGGAAAUACAUCUUUCCAAAGUCCAUCAAUAGUGCUCCAUAACAUUUUCCCUGCCCUCACACCUCUCUGUGGAUGAAAUAAUUGUACUGCGGAUAGGUUGCCUAUCCGGCACUUUUGACUGCAGACUUUUGUGAAUGUUUACAGACAUGUGUCAAGUUCUUCUUUCCCUUAUAUUUACAGGCCCACUGGUUUUAUUUUGUUCACUGUAAAUCACAGUUUCAUGGUGCUUACGAGUUAUCCUGUGAAUAUAAGUGGGAGCAGAAUUUGGACCAUGGGAUUUUUAGUAUUUUUCCUUGGAAAACGUACAUGACUUUAAAGGCAUAUAGCUAAAUUAACUGUAUUGGUUAGGAAGGCUUAUGAUGCAGUAUAUAGAAAGGUCUUGCUCUGUUAGUGAAAUUCAGUUGUGCACUCCUCUAAUAAUGUUAGUACCUGUGGCAAUGUGUAACACAUCAUUGAAUAUCAUCUAUUUAAGGUAAACUCUCAGUCGCGUCAAUGGAGAUGAAUGAUAUUCAAUCCUGUGGUUAAAUUAAAACAUAGAGGACAUGGUGCAGUAGAAAAGCUCUGCACCUAAAGUUUUACUUUUUUAAAGAUGAAUUCUGCUGGGAGAUGUUGCUAAUGUAUUUUCUUUCAAGAUGUGAACAAACUUUUUUUAGAACAUUAAUGGAAAUUCCUGUACUGGUUUUUAACGCAAUUUUUUUAAAUAAAAAGUUUACAGUCAUGGCAAAAAGGCUUUGCUGACUAUUUACCUAUUAGCUCAAAAUGUAGAUGAAUAAACUGGUUUUUACUAAGACACUUCCUAAUGUUCAAUCCUACUUUUGCUGCUGAAUUAUCUAUAGAAUUAUAAAAUGGAUUUCCUGAAGAGUGAUAGUAGAAGUACUCUAUGAAGUGUCGUGUAGAUAGAAAAUGUAAAUAGUGCCCUAGAUAGUUGGUUAGUGUUGGGGUAGGUCUUCAUGAUUUGUAGACCAGUUAGAAAAGGAGAAAAUACAAAUGUAGGUAUCCUGUCAAGAAGUAAUUGUCUGUCAUCCUGCAGAUGUGAAUAUACGCAUAGUUCAGAAUCAGUAAUCAUUCUGUAACCUUACUGAGGUGCUAAGUUUGAUCACUGGUUUCAGCCCUGCUUUCCCUAACAACCAAGCAAUCAAAUAAAAAACUUAAGCCAACUUAGUUCACCUCGUAGUCAAAAUCAGGUGUCAAACAUCAGCCAUUAUGUACUGUUUUAUCAAAAUGGAAGUAGUUCCUGUGUUAGUUUUUCGAAGCAUGUCUUGAGUGUUUGUGGUGAGUUUUUUCCAAUUUGAACUUGAAACAUCUCAAGGGUACCUAAGGGACCAUGAAGUUCCAAAUUAAAUCAGGUGAGAACUAGUGAAAUCUCUACUGUUUGAAAGGUUUUUCUCCUGAAACACUGUACUUCUUAAGUAGAGCCUACCUACUGGGAAAUGUCCUCUACCAAGGGAAGAGUCUUCCAUGCGCAGCUGGUGUCAUGACAGAUAGAAGCUUGUCAUCAGUCUCAGACAAGUACACAAAUUGGUUAAGAAGAAUUAAGCUAUAAACAGUUCCUCUCUAGAAUGGGCUCUCUUUUUUUACUGAAUCAUGUUGAAUAAGACAUUGUAAAUAGAACUUUUCAAUGGUUAGGAUUAAGGUAAGUUUCAUUUCAUUAAGAAGUCUCUACUGAUGUUUUUUAUUAAUUUUUCUCCUCAGGAAUAAAGUCAGUGUUCUGCAUUGCAGCUUGAAGCCAACUCCUGUGACCCAACCAUGGAAUUUCUGAAGGGGUCGAUUCGUCCUGAGCUCUUUCAUACUUACUUGAGCACCAUGUUUAAAGAGCCAGGGAGAAGUCUGCUCCUGAUGCCAGAUCAUACACUGAGAUUGUCUAUGGGAAGGACUGUUGCUGUGUGACUCAAGGCUGGACUCAAGGCUUAUGGUUUGAUUGUUCAGUUGCUGGUUACUGCUGUAUUUCAGCUAUGCUGAGAGACUACCAAGUCAGGUGCAGUGAAAUGUUAUUUGAAAUAAAAUCUUUAUUUGCAACAACA